AUGGAUUGGGGGAGGGGAAGGAUUGGACCUCCGGACGGCAAACGUGUUUACGGAUUACCUGAUGUUAAGCAAUCAGCGCCGCUCAUGGACACCUGCAACAAUGGAAGAGUUACGAGUGUGAUGCCGAUCUUUUUGGGUUUAGGGUUUUGGGGUUUAAGGAAUUGGGGAGGUGUUGGGGAAGGGAAAGUAUUGGGCCUCCGAAUGGCUCGACCAACCCACUUGGUGCUGCUUCUCAUCACGCUGGGCGUGGUGCAUACAUCCCAGGGUCACGCCCGCUCCUUCACCAGAUGUCAACUGUCUAGAGAAUUGCUGCGAUACAAUUUCCCGAGGAGUAUGAUACCUAACUGGGUGUGCCUGAUCGAGCACGCGAGUGGCAGAACAACAGACAAAGUGACAAACCAUAACAACUCAUACACCAGCUAUGGACUGUUUCAGAAAUUUUUAGACCUCGACUUGGAACAGGAGAAGGAACGAUGUGGUUUUUUUUUCAUAACAGCGCGACAGUUGCCGCGUCGCGUGUCGCGGUAUGAUGCUGUCGGUCAUGAAUAUAUCAUGCCGCAUAGCAUCAUACCGCGACAUGGCCUCUAG